ACCGACCAAUGCGCGGCGCGAUGGGCGGGGCCCGGAGGACAACAGCGGAGGAUUCAAACUGGGAACAUGGCUGCGGACAGAGACGUGGAGGAAAACACGCAGAACAGAAGCGACUCCGCGUGCAGUAUGGUGAUCGACCACCACGACAGAUCCCCGGGCGGCUCCUCCCGGGCGGGCCGACCGCCAGUCAUCUUCAAUCCGGACUUCUUCGUGGAGAAGCUCCGCCAUGAGAGCCCUGAUGUCUUCCUGGAGCUGGUGCUCAGCAACAUCACCCGCCUCAUCGAUCUCCCCGGGACGGAGUUCUCUCAGCUCCUCGGCGAUGAGGCCCCCAAGACCCCGACGGGCGGCAACGGAGGCUUCUUCCGUUCUUUCAACUUCCUCAAACGCAAAGAUAAAGGUGUCGUGUUUGGAACGCCGCUGACGGAAAGCUGCAUCGCCCAGAUCUACCAGCUCAUCGAGUACCUCAGCAAAAAUCUGCACGUGGAGGGUCUGUUCCGGGUGCCGGGGAACAGCGUGCGGCAGCAGACCCUCAGGGAGCUGCUGAACGGCGGGGCGGACGUGGACCUGGAGUCGGGAGACUUUCACCCCAACGACGUGGCCACGCUGCUCAAGACGUUCCUGGGGGAGCUGCCCGAGCCGCUGCUCACGCACAGACACUUCCACGCGCACCUCAAGAUCGCUGAUAUGACUCUGUUCGACGACCACGGCAACAAGACGACGGUGCCCAACAAGGAGCGUCAGAUCGAGGCCCUGCAGCUGCUCUUCCUGCUGCUGCCGCAGGCCAACCGCUCGCUGCUCAAGCUGCUGCUGGACCUGCUCUACCACACCGCCAGGCAACAGGACAAGAACAAGAUGUCCGCCUUCAACCUGGCACUCAUGUUCGCGCCGCACGUCCUGUGGCCCAGACACAUGACGGCCGGCGACUUGAAAGACAAUCUGAAGAAGCUGAACAGCAGCAUGUCGUUCCUCAUCAAACACUCACAGAAACUCUUCAGGGCUCCGGUCUACCUGCGGGAAUAUGCCCGAGUGCACUUCAGUGGCACCAAAGCUCUGCACACGAAGGACGAUCUGGAGCUGCUGGCGGCGAGCGGCUCCCCUGCUCCGCGGAGCGCGUUGCCCCUGAAGAGGACCGCGGCCCUGGGCCCCGGCUCCCAGGAGUCCCCGGCGCAGCAGUACACGGAGGAGGCCCUGAAGGAGCUCUUCAGACACGUCCACCACAACAUGCCCGACUCGGCCAAGAAGAAGAAACUUGUCCGACAGUUGGUCAAACAGACAACCUCGGGGACGCCCCCCACCAACGAGCACCACCAGGGGGCACCCAGCAAGAAACACCCCCGGUCACGGUCCUUCGGAGGCCUCAUCAAGCGUAAAGCUCGAGGGGAGGACAGGCGGGUCAGACACGUCUCCCCCGAGGCCGUCAACAGAGCGGGAAGAAAAGCCGGGAAGGAGAACGUCAUCCUCCGAUCGGUGAACAGCCCAUUGAAUGGUCCUGUGCUGGGGAAGGUGGGUCUGGUGGUCAAGAACCCAGACUUUGCGUUUACGGAGAACAAAGCUCUGAAGGUUUCCAAGCAGGCCCCUCCCUCCGUGUCCAGGAUGUGUUUCUCUCCUGAAAUCUCCGUGUGAAACCCGACGCCGUCUCCUCAGCUCAGGCAGGACUCUGGGGCAGUAUUAAUAUAAUUAACCCUUAUCUCUUAUCAUCGUGUUUUCAUCGUAGUGAGUCUAUGUUUUAUAUAACUGUGAGUUAUUAAUACACAGCGGUUUUUCGUCUCGGCCGGAGCAGCAGAACCAAAAGUCACCGGUCACAUUUAUCAGGAACGUGACCCGGAAGCAAUGCUCGAGUAAUUUGAGAUUUAGGGAUUAUUAACGUGGAGACUAGAUUAAUGUUUCACUGUUUUUAAUUUCUCUGUUUGGUUUGUUCUGACAUUUGCUGCACUUAAAACGAGCCCCACUAGUGUACGUUUAUGAUAAUGUAACGGCACUGCACAUUUAAUUUAUUAUUUAACAACAAGUUAAAAUUAUUUUCAAUAAUCUGACACGGUGCACUUGUGUUUUUACUCCCACAACGUUUGGGAGUCAGUCUGAGUGACUUAAACGCAAAUAGGACUUUAAUCUGACCUGAUAAAAAUAGAUAAAGGGCCGGAAGAUAUGACCAAUUAUGAAAGUCACGUUGAUAUAAACUUUUGAAGUGUGAACUCUACUGACGUGUGUUUCUGCCACGAGAGGAGAAGAAGAAAAGUAUCCCAUCAUGACGUGAAAAGUUUAUGGUUACAACAAGAGGUUUUUUCACGAGGUACUUUCGUGGUAUGACAUCGUAUUUUCACUUGGUCAUCUGAUCCUGCCUCCGUCUUAUCACAACAUCGUCCACCAAGAUCGAUAACGGCAGAGGAAUCGGAUCGUAUAGACAAGUCACAUUCUUGGAUUUUAUUAUCCGUCAACUUCUAUGCACAUCGUUAAAAAGGAGCUCGGCCUCAUAACUCUGUAGGAAUUUAUCACGUGAUGAGUUUUUAUGUCUAAAUAACGUGAGCAUAUCUUAAUAUUACAUCUACAUUAUAGAACGAUAAACCUUUCAUGUCAUAUCGCGAUACUGAUCGCAUUUUUCUGGCAUGGAAGACACUUCUCCUACACUUUUUUUUUCCCCCCAAGUUUUUAAAAUCAGCCAUCGUCCAGCUCUUCCUGGUUCGGUUCGGCUGCUCCGGCCUCUGAGCUGCCACUUCAUCACUCGAAGCGUAUUUUGAAUCUAUGACCACUAAGCUAGCGGAGCCUCCCACUCUGCUGUAGAAUAUGUAUAUAAUUGUUUUCUACUGUACGUGUGUUUUUAUUAGGACUUUUAUUCUGCUUGGGAACUGUGGUACGAUAUUUUUGGGUGAAACAAUUCGUGGGAUUGCGCAGCUGAUCGGGAAUCAGUGAGAGGGUCAAACUCUGGAGAGGGAGGAAAAAAAAAGGAUUUGAUUCUUACUAAUCAACCUCUCGCAGUGUCGUUCGCUCUUGAUUUUAUUAAUCGGUCAAAUAGGAAACGUUACUUUACUGUGAACAUGGAGUGAUUUUUUUAUUCUUGAUUUUAACGGAAGCGGUUGAGAGGUUUGUGAAGUCGGUGGUUUAAAUGAAAGUUGAAAGGUUGAGUGUUUUUUGUUGUUGUUGUUGAGCAGUGAUCUGUUACAGUGAGGUUGUCUCCUCUCUCCCUUUCAUAUCAUACUGUACAUUCGUUUGUUAUGAUAAAAACAUAAGACUGUUACAGACACAUCCCGAACCAUGUGAACAACAGUGACACCAUUUGUGUUUUUCAGGGUUAAAUUAAAGGGACAUUCAGUCAUUUACAGGAGGAAUCUUAACAACUUCUGUCCAACAUGUCGAUUCAGUACAGAGACGACAAUAAAUUUAGUAAACAUCCUUCUGAUGUAUAAACACAAACAACUGUGCAAUGUGUUCAAAUAUAACGUGAGGAUUUCAUUUUUCAAAUCUGGACUUUUCCUUAUUUCGCUCAUGUUUUUUGGUGUAAAUUAAAAAUCUCUGAACUGAGACUCUGACAGAUUCUCUGUUUUAUUACAAUAGAGCAGCUGCUACUAUUAAUGUUACUGUUACUGUUACUGCUCAUUAUUAGACUACAGAAUUUUGUGCCUGUCAAUCAUUUACACCCCAAAACAUUGAUAACAUUGAUUUAUCCUUUCGUUUAAAAUACAGUAAAAUAUUUGCAAAAUUGGGAUUUGAAUCAGUAAAUAUCUCACAAAGAAUUAUAAAUUAUAUAAUUGUUUCAUCAAAGUACAUCUGUGGAUUUUUGAUUUUUUAUUGGCAGAAAAUGACAUUGUGACUUGGUAAUUCUCCUUUAAUAACUUUGGACUGUAUGAUUUCAUUUUUUUUAUCCAUCAUCAUUAUCAUUAUCGUUCAUGGUUUGACUCACGUCUGCUCAGUUUGUUGUGUCGAUGCACCAGUUUCAUAAUUGUGCAACACGGCACAUUUUUUAUUUCUUCAUUUCUUUUAAAUUUUCCAGAACAGGCCAGUGCUUGUUGAUGGAGGUCAGAGGUCAGAGGUCUGCAGCAGUGCCUUGCUCAGUGGCACCUCAGCAGCAACGUCCUGCUGAACACAGACCCGUUCGUGUCGUAUUGACAACAAGCAGCUCGUGGUUUUAAAACGGAUUAAUUUGUUACGUUUUUCUUUUUCUUUUUUGUUUCUUUCUUGUUGCGAUGCUGAGAAUCUGUCACUGGUGCAUCCUGGGUGUUUAUUUUUUGGAAAGUGUUGUGGAUGUUGUAACGACGGGUUGGUUGAAAGAGUUGAUGUAAGAUGGAAACUGAAUGAGCUCCUUUUGAUUCACAGUAUUAUUUUUUUUUAUAGAGGAACUUCAUUUCCUGUUUUGACAGAAGUUUUUUCUCUCGGCAGAUAAACGGUCUUACGAAAUGUGAAUCUCUCCACGUCGGUUCUCCUUUUUUUUUUUCCAGUUCUCUGCAGUUGUACCAACCAGUUCUGUGGGAGAGUUAAAUAGUUUCCUGUUGUAUUUAUUGAUGUGUGUGUUACAACUUACAAUUUAAUUUUGUUUUGAGUCUAUUUUCCCACAUUUGUCUGUAAAACGACAGCCGUUACUUUCUCUCUGAUGUGAACCACUGUUUUAAUAUUUGAAACACAAAAAGCUCGUCAAUGUUGCACAUCUUUGUUUUUGUUUGACCCUCCCUGUACAUAAAUGUGAAACUUCUGUGCACGAUGGUGUCUGAGUUUUAUCUGUGAAAAUGGAGACAAACACUGAUCAUAUGUUUUUUUUUAAAGUUGAUAAGGACAAUUAACUGAAGCUUCUCAUCCUGCUGACCGUCGGACCAUGUGGUUCAAACUGUGGUAACAUGUCUGUGUUUUUCAAUCUUUUAUUUUAGUGUAAAAUAAUUUCACCCUGUAAAUUGGAUUCCUCUGCGAAUUGUCCGCUUUGGAUUAAAUCUUUUUUGUUUUUGUUUUUGUUUAAAUGUUUCUUAGAGAA